AUGAGACCUAAAAGUCCACACUGGGAUAGCCCAAACUCUCCGACAAAGCGUCCCGCUGCCUUUUACGGCAACAGCGUCGACUACAGAGGCAAUCCUUCAUCUAGCAGGCUUCCAUCGCAGGUUGAUCUUCUCCUCUCAACGCCAUCUCGAAGGUCCCAAUAUCCAAAUAAUACUGCUGUGUUCUCUGAGGCAUCCCUGAACAUUGAAGAAUGUCGUGAAGAAGUAGGAAAAAUGAUGAACUUGAUGUCCACCGCUCAUACACGCCUUGAAAAUCUUCCGUAUGGCCAACCACAAAGCUGGAUUCAGUACUGGAAAGAUGAACGUGCAGCUGCUCUUGUCGCUAUUCGUCGGAUGCUUGGAAAUAUGAACAAAUCAAACAAUAUGACCCCCGCUGAGUACUUUCUCCAGGAGUUCUGGCGCGAUCCAGAGAACGGUGUCGCACUUGUCUUGCCCACUGUCGCAUACACUGAUGCAUGCAACAAAGGCAUCGGAUUCUUCAUGCCAGCGCCAGGCGGCCACCAGCAGGCUCUGGGGCUGGCCUGGUCCUGGAAGACAGGAAAGAACUACAUAAUUCCGCGCAUAUUGGACGGGUCAGUAUAUGCCUCAUGGGGAGAGUUGAUCGCAGUGGAGAUCACACUUGAAACUCUGCUGACUCUUCAUCAGUACGAAUCCAUCCAAUCCCGGAGAUACCCUCCCGAUCCCCCUUGUUUUGUCAUUCUUUCAGAUAACCAAGAUGUAGUCACCUCCCUCUCAAGCCAAAACAGGUGGGUUGAUCGACGAGCCGUCUUUUUGGAGGAGCUCGAUUCUGUUGUGGGCAGGAUUGGGAAAACAUGCUUAGAUCAUAAUGUGCAAUUGCACGUUCGUUGGAUUCGCGGAAGCAACAACUACGCAGACCCAUGGUCGCGCAUGGAGUUCUCCAAAGAAAACGCUGACUCUAUGGAGGAGUGGCACGAAAAGAUAAAGAUGAAACUGUUUGAUCACGGAAUUACUGUGCCAGCCGUCCCGUAUCAUCACCGUCUGCUUCUAGAACCUUGCUGGUUCAAACACCGUACCCAAUCCUUCCGUGGGUCUCCCCGGAAGAGCACCCGGUCCUUCCAUCCGUAUUAA